AUGUCGCGUGUUAUCGCAGGCUACACGUUGAAGUUUGCAGCAGACGCAUCGUCCCAAGCCCACAAAUAUAGUGCCAACGCGACAGGUGGCUCUUUCUUGGCCCCGAACAACCAAUACACUCCUACCACUCGGUGCUUCCUCCUGGAACUCCCUGCAGAACUCCGCAAUCGCAUCUACGAGUUCGUUCUUACCGUCGAGCCCGCUGCCGACGGCCGCGUCUACCUGAAAAAGCGACCGACAUCAAAGACUGACAGCACGGGCUCCAUGGUCGCACGGCACUGGCACGAUCCACUCGAGGGACGCACCCGCUUCUCAGGCAAAUGGGUCGAGGAAACGAUCAACUUCGCUCCGAGCAACCUGAGUAUCCUGCAGACCUGCUCACAGAUCAACGACGAGUCAUGCGCACUGUUCUACAGCGUCAACAACAUCGCUGUCCCAAUUAGAGGCCUGGUACAAGGGUCGUACGAUCGCACGAUCCUUCCGCCCUCCAAGCAAUUCUUCCGCCACACUAGCGACGUCCGCCUUACUGGCAUUACGAGAUUGACUAUCCUCCUCUAG